AGGGACUCUUGGCCUGGGUUUGCUGCUAGGCUGGACAGUAGGAAUGGGUGGAUUGGCCGAGGUAGACGGCACUUGUCGACCUGUUUCUGGUCUGGAUAGGAAGUGAUCGCUGGGAGUACCUGAUGGGCGGUUGAAUUCCGAGGUUGUUUCGAUUGAUCAAGCCCUAUGGUUGGUGGUUGAUCGGUAUGGGCUCGAUGCCAGACCGUCUGGUCUAGGGCUCCUCGAUUCCUUGGUCCACGGAGGGAUUUCGAAAUGCCGUUAUGACAAGCUCCUCAAGUACCGAGAGAUGAGGGUAUAUAAGACUCGUUGAGGCACGGUGGAUUGGGAUUGUUUGUUCCAGCAUCGCAGAGCAUUCUUUCUCUUUCUUCCUGCAGUCCAAUCCAACCGUCCAACUUCGUUCUUUUCCAAAGUAAAGCAAACCAAAAGCAACCGCAAUCGCAAAAAUGAAGCUUCAGCUCCUCUCCGCUGCCCUGGCCGGUCUGGCUGCCGCGAGCCCUAUGGCACUGGAAGAACGGCAAGCCAGCUCCGGCAACGAACUCCGCAACGGAGACUGCCAGCCCGUCACGUUCAUCUUCGCCCGGGCCUCCACUGAAGUCGGACUCCUGGGCGCCUCCACCGGCCCGUCGGUCUGCAGCAAGCUGAAGUCGGCGCGCAGUGACGGCGUCGCAUGCCAGGGCGUGGGCCCCAAGUACCGCGCCACGCUGGGCGAUAACGCCCUCCCCAAGGGCACGUCGCAGGUGGCCAUCGACGAGGCCAAGGAGCUGUUCGAGCUGGCGGCGGAGAAGUGUCCCGAUACGCAGAUCGUGGCGGGUGGAUAUAGUCAAGGAACAGCCGUCAUGCACGGCGCCAUCCCCGAGCUCUCGGACGCCCUGAAGGACCAGAUCAAGGGCGUCGUGCUCUUCGGCGACACCCGCAACAAGCAGGACAACGAGCAGAUCCCCGAUUUCCCCAAGGACAAGAUCAAGAUCUACUGCGCCACGGGCGACCUGGUCUGCGAGGGCACGCUGAUCGUCGCGCCGCCGCACUUCUCGUACCUCGGCGAUACCACCGAUGCGACGGAGUUUUUGGAGGGCAAGUUGGAGUAGAUGCUUCUCUUGUUUGGCUGUCACUGUCUCUGUCCCUUGUUGAGAUGAGUUGAGCUGAGGCAGGUUGGACAGAAGGAGGGAUGGAGUGGAUGGGACCAAGGGAAGGAAGAAAAGAAGGGAGAAAGGGAAGUAAUGCAGGACAUUACUGCUUCGUUCCUCUUAUUCGC